UUCUGCUGACUUCCAGAGAAGGGGUGGGUGUCACACGACCCGACCAGCAGUCUUCAGUGAAAGUGUGAGAGAGCUAAGCAGGAAAAACAAAGAAUAUCGACUAAAAGAAAAAUAGCAACGAACUGUAGCCAACUACAAAUGAGAUAAGGUGAAAAUAAAAGUUUGUGAUAUCGGAAAAGCAUCUUGGAUAAACACAUUUGUUCGAAAACAAAAGUGUAUGCCAAGACGCGCCUCUGAAUGCAUUGGGUUCAGUGACAGUUUACGACGGGAAUAGAGAUAGUAACGUGAAAGCAAUGGAGAAUGGGAAGAACCGCCUGCAGCAGGCCCAGGAGGAGGUGGAAGAGGUGAAGGUGAUCAUGCUAGAUAAUCUCUACAAGGCUGACGAGAGGUCAGGCAAGCUGGGAGAACUGGAGAACAGGGCCGAUGAACUUUUGGAGAAGAGUAAGGCUUUCUCAAAGUCUGCUGGGAAAGUGAAACAACAGAAAUGGUGGGAACACAUGAAAAUUAAAGUGUUGCUGACUGGUAUAGGGGUCAUCGUGGCAGCCAUCAUCAUUGGGAUUAUUGUAUGGUCAGCGUCUGGAUCUGACGACCGGAGCUCAAUCAACAGCUCCACUGCUGUAGAGCAACCCACCCCAGGGCCUUAGGACCAUAGAUUGUCUGUCAGAGCAAAGGACAUGGAGGAAAUUAAGAUGGAAGAUGGAGAUGGAGACAGGGGCAGGUGAGACCUCCCCGGAAAUAAAGAGUCAAUCAGACAAGAAUAGUGGAUGUAGAUGAAGAUAUAGGUUUAUUAACCUGGUCCCAGAUCUGUUUGUGCUCUUGCCAACUACAAUGCUGUCAUUGUCAAGCUAAACAUUUGGCAUGACAUUGAGUGACAAGGACUUGGUAUGAUGAUAGCACAAAAAUGCUUUCCACCUGAGCUCAAUAUAGGUUUUAUGGGUUGACUUUUCAGAACUUUUUAAUCUGUGAUAUUGUUAAUUUUUUUAGGCAUUUUAGGCUCCGUGCUCAGUGUGUAGAUCGUUGAAUUAAAUGGUACCAUCAAUAGCUCAGCUGCUUCCCCAUUCAGUAUCGUCUUCAACUGGCGGUAGUUGGUCAGGCUCACUGGUUUCACAUUCAUACUCAGAAAUGCUUCAGCCUUACGAUAGGAUUUGGUAUAUGUGAAUGUUUGGUCAAUUCAAAUAAAACAGAUUGUGCCUUUGGUAUGUAAAAAGCAAAAAUCACCAUUGGAUGAAUUGUGUGUCCGUUUUUUCAGUAUUCCAUGUAAGCUGUAAAAGGGACAUGACAAAAUUAUAAUUGUCAUGAAAUGUAAUGAGUGAACCAUUUAUUUUCAUAAAUGUAAUUCUUCCUUUUUUUCCUGGUCAAAAGAAACAUAAGAAAAGGAACUUAAUUGUUAUUUGUAUACAAAACACUUAUGUUUGAGGCCAGCAAUGCAGUGUGAGUAUUUAUGUUUCAUGUGUCAUUCAUUAGCCUACAGGUAAGCAAUGUGUACAGGAUCAAAAACCGCUGCUGAGAAAUCGCAUCAUAUCUUCACUUAUCUUCUUAACAUAUUAGUUUUUGUCAUUUUGGUGUCCUCUAUUUGUAACUUCUUCCCCAGGCUUGUUAGCCGGCUGGUGGAUGAGAUUACCCUAUUUGUUACGGACUUUCCUUUCCCAAUUGUUGUUUACCCUUGAGCUAUUACCAUCUCAAAUACAUGUAAAACUGUAGUGCACAAUUUGUAAAAUAAAAAAUUAAUUGGUAAGUUA